GUUUGGUUUGGUUAAGUUAUUUAAAUCUAUGGGUUUCCACCUCCCUCAUUUUGGCAGAUCCUGACCAUGUUUUGAGUGUCAUGAGAGGGAGCGCAGAUCUCCUGCCCUCAAUCUUCACAUGUCUACGUUCCCUGAGAACAGCAGCAGUGCCCUGCAGAUUUACUGCCACCAGGAGGGGGUCAAGGAUGUAAUCAUUCCCGAGCUGAUGAAGAAACUGGAUAUCUUGGGGGAUAAUGGGAAUCUCAGAAACGAGGAACAGGUAGCAGUGAUCCAGGCAGGGACAGUAAUCUCUCUGUGUGAAAAGUGGUUGAAGCAAAUAGAUAACACAGAGGCCGCCCUCACACAGAAGAUGAUCGACUUGGAAAAUGACAAGGAGCUGUUCAGUAAGCAGAAGGGAUUUCUUGAGGAAGAGUUGGACUAUAGGAAGCAGGCCUUGGACCAGGCCUAUAUGAGGAUCGAGGAGCUGGAGGCCACGCUGUAUAGCGCUCUGCAGCAGGAGCAGCCGGCAUGCCAAGCGGUGGCCGAGUCGCUGACAGACAGGCAGAGGGAGGAGCUGAGGCUAGCCGUGGACAAGCUGCGGCGUCAGAUUCUCCGGCAGAGCCGGCAGUAUGACAGUCAGAUCUUACAGGAGCGCAUGGAGCUCCUACAGCAGGCCCAGCAGAGAAUUAGAGAGCUGGAGGACAGGAUUGACUUGCAAAAGAGACAAAUAAAGGAUAUAGAGGAAAAGCAUUUAUUCUUUGGCCUUAAUGAAAAGUGA